AAGGGUUCAUCUUCCGAGGAUAGCUCUGAUGAUGUUCCGGCGUCUAAAAAUUCCAUGGCCUCAAAAACGUUUGGAAACAAUUUGUCAGGAACUAAUAAUAAGAAUCGAAAAUCCUCUUCUUCUGAAGACAGUUCUGAUGAUGAGGAUAUUCCAGUCAAGGAUACGAAGACUAUUAUGAAGGCACAAGCCAAAACUCUUUCGUUAAAGAAUAAUGAUUUAUCUUUCGAGGAAAGUUCUGGUGAAGUUUUAGCGUCUAAAAAUACUAUGUCCAAUGGUACUUCAAAGUCUGCUGUGAACAAUUCGUCUAGAACUACGAAUUCCUCUUUUACUUCAAAUUCUUGGGGUGCUAAAGCUGCAAAAGAUUUCAAAAAUUUGAGCGGUAAGAAUUUUCGACAUGAGAAGACGAAAAAGAAACGUGGAAGCUAUUCUGGUGGUAAGAUUGACACUUCGAUUAAUUCUAUUAAAUUUGAUGAUUGA